AAAGAUAACAAAGGGGAAACAAAAUAAAGAAGAAAAAGCAAAUGAGAGGGGAGAUAGCAGCAGAGACAAUGACGAAGAAGAAGAAGAAGAAGGGACGACCGUCUCUCUUAGAACUCCAAAAACGCUCUCUCAAACAACAACAACAACAGGAGCAGCAGCAAUUGCAACGACAAAAAAACCCUAAUCUCAUAAACCCUAAUUUUUCUACCAAUUCGAACCGCCGAUCCACUCGCCGGAACCCCAAUCUCGAUGGAGGCUCCCCGGUGCCCGAAUGGAUUGACGGAGGAGACGACGACGACGACGAGCGCCAACAGAAAAAGCAUAAGCUAUUGCUUGGCCUCAAUUCUUCUCGUAAUCGUCAGCAUUAUCCAAAUUCUUCGGCGCCCAAUUCGGCCUCCUACGGAUCCGAUUCGAAUGCGGAUGGUGAGGAUCCUGAGGCGUCCCUCAAGCGCGGCAAAGUUGCCUCACUCCGUCCUGGAUCUGAUCAAAUGGGGGAAAAGGUUUCGAAAGCGACGGACACUCUUCAUGGGUCACCGGUGGAGUCUGGCCCCACGACACCUUUGCCAGACAAAAAGUUGUUGGUGUUCAUUCUUGACAGGCUUCAAAAGAAGGACACGUAUGGGGCUUACUCUGAGCCAGUGGAUCCUGAAGAGCUGCCUGAUUACCUUGACAUUAUUGCACACCCAAUGGACUUUCAGACAGUCAGGAAAAAACUUGACGGGGGAGCUUAUACAACCUUGGAACAAUUUGAGAAAGAUGUUCUUCUGAUAUGCUCGAAUGCAAUGAAGUAUAAUGCACCAGAUACUAUUUACUUUCGACAGGCACGAUCAAUGCAAGAGCUGGCUAAAAAGGACUUUGAGAACUUGAGGCAAGAUAGCGAUGAGGGUGAACCACAACCAAAGGUCGUAAGGAGAGGACGGCCACCUGGAAAGAGCCUCAAAAAGUCAUUGGAGUCAUCUUCUUUAGACCGUGUUGGUUCUGAGUUUUCUUCAGGUGCAACUCUAGCUACAGGACCAGAUGCUUCCAGCCUUUCAAACACUUACAAUUUAAGGAAAGGACCUAGUUCACAUAAGCUCCGGCCUGCUGAUACAUCAGUCAGGCCCUCCUGGGUUUCUCAUAGCAAUGAAAAUCAUGCCAGCUGGUCAUCUGAAUGGGAGAACGAAUUUCCAGCUUCUGUUGUGAAGGCUGUGAUGAAGUAUGGGAAGAAACAUUUUCCAGUAGAUGAGAACAAGCGUGACACCUACAACCCUUCAUCGACUUGCAGACAUGAGCAGCCUAUCUUUUCCACAUUGGAUGAAGAAUUGAAGCAACUGAUUCCGGUUGGUCUGAGUGCAGAAAAUGGUUAUGCUACAAGCUUGGCACGUUUUGCUGCUGAUCUUGGACCUGUUGUUUGGAAAAUCGCUUCAAAGAAAAUUGAAAGUGUUUUGCCUAGUGGACUGAAGUUUGGUCCUGGAUGGGUAGGAGAAAACAGGACAAUAGAGCAGCCACAACUUUCAUUUUCUGAAAAGCAGAAAUCUUCAAAUUCUCUUUCUGAUCACCAUUCUAGCAGGCUUUUUUCUCCUCCAGCUACUUCAGGUUCAAACUCAAUUGCCGGAAGUAGAGUUCCUUCGCAAGGUAGAGAAGAUGCAGAAACUGUCAGAGGACUAGGUUCUCAAAAUGACUUUACUUCACCAUAUAGCAAAGUUGGUGACAUCAAGUCUGCACCUCUUCAUCAGUUUCAGCAAAGACCUUUACUGCACUCGGGUAUCAAUGGUUCUAUUGGUGGAUUCGGGAUUGGUUAUCCUCCUCAAAUGAGAUUGGUAACACAGCCUGGGAAUCCCUUGUCUGAAAAGACUUCAGUGACUUCUCAAACACAUGGCAUGGUUUCAGGUAGCAGCACCGCCAUGUGCCCGAUGCCUGCAAGUGAUUUUCUUUCCAGCGAGGCUAAGUUUGCAGAUAGUUCAACUACUUUACAUUCUGGAAAUACAAUGGCUGUAGGUCCUGACCUGGCAUCACAUGCAGCAACUAAUGUUGGGCUUCUGCAGAAAUCCUAUAAUCAACAAGAUUUCCUUCCAUUUCCCCCGGAUCUUAAUGUGAGAUUCCUGGCACCAGGUUCACCUAGUUCUAGUGUACCAAUUGGUUCACCCCAGCACCCAGAUUUAGCAUUGCAACUCUGAUAAUUGGCGGCAUUAUUUCCAUAUGAUUUGACAUAAGGUAAUUGCAGUGUUAGGUCUUCGCCUGUAUAUGAAUGAAAAUAUGGAGCCGAAUUUAUCACAUUUUUCAUUGGAUGGUUCACUGAGUAGGAGUUCCUCAAGAAGUCGUAAGAUCAGAUGGUAGGAAAAAUUUGUACAGAUUGAUAUAUCAAAAUUUUUCAAAAGGUAAAAAAAAAAAAAUCAACAGAUUUAUAUGUGACAUCUGACUCGAUGUUUAGAUAUUCUGAGUUGUUCAGUUGAAAACAGGAACAUGAAAAUAUAGUAGCUCAAAAAUAGAAAAGUGGAGCAGACUGUUAAUUUGUUAACUUGAUGAUUCCCACUGUUUAUUUGCAUUUGUUGAAGAUGUAUGUCAGUGAGAUGUUCAUUGGAAUU